AUGGAGUCCUGCAACGUGGAACUGAUUUUUGACCACGUGGGACACUUCGGCAGAUUCCAGAUAGUCCUGUAUCUUAUAUGUGUCUACCAGAGCAUCUCUUGUGGUAUCCACUAUCUGUCUUCUGUGCUCAUAUCAAUUAUCCCUGAGCAUGCAUGCAAGCCCCCAGGCACGGUGCGGAAGGCUGUUUUCCACAACGUCUCUGCUUGGAGGUUGGAGGACAUAUUGGCCCUGCGGUCUCCAGAACACAAAGACCACAUCACGGUGGAGCUGCAGGAUGGGGAGAUCUGGGAGCUCACGAGAUGUAGCAGGACUUGGAGGGAGAACACGUCACAUUUGGGCUAUGAGUACAGUGGUUAUAGGCGUGACAGUCCUUGUUCCGAUGGCUACGUCUACGAUCAGAGCAAAUGGAGGAAUUCGGUGGUGAGAAAUUUCAACCUGGUCUGUGAUCAGAAAUGGUAUGCAACCAUAAUCCAGCCCUUGUUUAUAUUUGGCGUGCUGCUGGGAGCAAUAACUUUUAGCUACCUUUCUGACAGAUUCGGCAGGCGAGUGGCCCUGUGGUGCACGAGCAUCGGUGUGUUCUUCUUUGGAAUAGCAUCCAUCUUUAUAUUUGACUAUUUCAGCUUCCUGGCCGCACGCUUUUUCCUCGUGAUGGCUGCAAGUGGCUAUUUCGUGGUGGUCUUCGUCUACGUGAUGGAGAUCAUCGGCCAGAAGUCUCGCACGUGGGCAUCCAUGCACCUGAACACCUUCUUUGCUAUUGGAGCAAUGCUGGUGGCUUUGGUGAACUAUUUGGUGAAGCCGUGGUGGCUCUAUCAGAUCAUCCUGUGUAUAAUGACAGCCCCCUUCAUCCUGUGCUGCUGGAUGCUUCCAGAGACGCCCUUCUGGCUUCUCUCAGAAGGAAGAUACAAAGAAGCACAAGGCAUAGUGGACGCCAUGGCCGUGUGGAAUCAGUCCAGCUCCUGCGACCUGGUAGAACUCUUAUCACUAGAUGUGACGAGGUCCCAGGAUAAAAGCCCCCAGGGCGCUAGGAAGCACAGCCUAGCAGACCUGUUCAGUAACCCGGACGUCACAAGAAUGACCAUUAUCGUUUGGCUGGAUUGGUUCACAGCAAAUUUGGGAUACUACAUGUUUGGCAUGGAGGCUAUUCGGAGAAAAGAAAACGAACCCCUUUACCUCCUCCUAGUGGGUGCUGUGGAGAUCCCCGCCUACGUCUGUUUGUGCCUCUGGUUGAAGAGGGUGGGAAGGAGGAAGACCAUGUUCACCUUCCUCUCGGUGUCCUCGCUCGCCUGUGGGGUUUACAUGGCGAUGCCCUCGAAUUACAAGACUGUGAAAAGAGUGGUUGCUUUGACUGUCAAAAUUGUUAUAGGCUCCGUAUUUGCCUUUAUAUAUCUUUAUACGGCCGAGCUGUAUCCAACAACCGUAAGGUGCUUGGCUGUAGGGAGCAGCAACUCGGUGUCCUACGUGGCAAGUCUGAUCAUCCCACUCUCCAGUCAUUUCUCCAAAGUCUGGAUCCUCCUGCCGCAGAUUUUAUUUGGGAUCCUGGCCAUACUGAGUGGACUGUUGUCACUGAAGCUUCCAGAAACCCAGAACACACCAAUGACAUCAACUUGGGAGACGACUGAACAGCAGGUGCCUGAAAACAAGGAUAGUUUAGACGAAACUCCUUCUGAUAUUUUUAAGAGGUGGAGAUCAGGCAGAGCCCUUUCUUUUGUUGAGAGAUGGGGUUUAAGCAGAGCCCCUUCUGAUGUCGGCAAGUGGGGUUCAGGCAGAGCCCCUUCUGAUGCCGGCAAGUGGGGUUCAGGCAGAGCCCCUCCUGAUGCUGAGAGUGAGGGUUCAGGCAGAGCCCCUCCUAAUGCUGAUAGUUGGGGUUCAGGCAGAGCCCUUCCUGAAGAGAACACUGAGAUGGAAAAUGAGAUAGAAAAUGUGGGCAUGAGUAACCUGGGGGUUUCUGAUGGUGAUAAAUAA